AUGAAUCGCCGCAAAGUUACCGUCGACGGCAUAUCAGCCUGUGGGAAAACACGCCUCAUCGCAGCCCUCUCCGAAUACGCAACAGCUCACUAUCACGGCAAAGUCAAGCCUCAAGAAUACUUUUCUGGCGAACCCAGCCCUAUCACGUCAAUUGAAAUCCAAAGUCCCGAGUCUGGGUUGAUUGAUUUUUGGGAAAACUCGUAUUCAACGUAUGGAAGGCUCACGCCGCUCGCAUAUCCAAAGACAACCCUCGUAUUGUUUUGCUUCGCUCUCGAGUACGUGGAUGACACUCGGUGGGAAGUUGAGAAUAGAGUGGAUUAUUUGAUUUCCAAAAAAUCGCCCAAGGGUAAAGAUGCUUCUCUUAUUCUAGUUGGGUGUCGGAAUGAUCUGCGAAAGAAGCAGGAAGAUGCGAGAUCCACGAAGACCUUGACGAAAGCUUCUGAACAGCUCCGGCAGUAUGCGAAGAAGAAUCGUUUGGCUGGCUACUUCGAAUGUUCUGCGGAAACCGACGAGAAUAUUGCAGAACUUCUUCGAACUGUCGUUGGGAUACUUUUUCUCGGGGAUACCGGGGACUCGACUCGAAAGCACCGGAAGAUUGGAUCCUCGAAGUGCAUCGUGCUAUAA